CCGUAGCUACUUGCAUGUCAUCGGCCACGCGCAUUAUUUCCUACAUCAACUGUUUGCGCGACUCUAUCCUCGUUCUGGUUGAGACUUGUGAAAAUAUACAUUUGUGGCAUUAUUACAUCAAGGAAAGUUGUCUGGCAACGCAAAGGUACAUGUGGAAGUCAGUGGUGGGACACAACGUGAGCUUAAAGGUUGCAGAGGGGGACGACUGGGAGACCGACCCUGACUUUGAGAAUGAUGUGUCAGAACAGGAACAGAGAUGGGGGGCCAAGACCAUUGAGGGGUCUGGUCGAAAAGAACACAUCAGUGUAUCAGAGCUGAGACAGAAGGUGUCCCAGGAGCAUGAGGUGGGGAAGCAGAAGGAGCGAGCGGAGGCUCCCAAGGCCUCUUAUGGUUACGGGGGGAAGUUCGGAGUGGAGAAAGACCGCAUGGACAAGGGGGCAGUGGGGCAUGGCUACGUGGCGCAGGUGGAGCAGCACUCAUCCCAGACCGAUGCAAAGAGAGGAUUCGGGGGGAAAUUUGGAGUGCAGAAAGACCGUGUGGAUAAGUCUGCCAUGGGUUUUGAAUACAAGGGAGAGGUGGAGCAGCAUACAUCUCAGAAAGACUAUUCAAAGGGUUUUGGAGGGAAGUUUGGGGUGGAGAAGGAGAAAGUGGACAAGGCUGCUUUAGGUUACGACUACAAAGGAGAGACCGAGAAGCACCAGUCUCAGAAAGACUAUUCAAAGGGUUUUGGAGGGAAGUAUGGGGUGGAGAAGGAGAAAGUGGACAAGGCUGCCUUGGGAUACGACUACAAGGGAGAGACCGAGAAGCACCAGUCUCAGAAAGACUAUUCCAAGGGUUUUGGGGGGAAGUUUGGGGUGGAGAAGGAGAAAGUGGACAAGGCUGCUUUAGGUUACGACUACAAGGGAGAGACAGAGAAGCAUGAGUCACAGAAAGACUAUGCCAAGGGCUUUGGGGGACGCCAUGGCGUCCAGACAGACCGCAUGGAUAAAAGUGCAGUGGCCUUCACAGACAUGGAAUCCCCUACCUCUGCCUAUGAGAAGACAAUACCAUUGGAGGCAUCAAGUGCAGGGGCAGGCAACCUGAAGGCUCGCUUUGAGAACUUGGCUCGGUCAUCAGACGAGGAGAACAGAAAGCGAGCGGAGGAGGAGAGAGCCAGGAGACAGGCUAGAGAGAAGAGAGAGCAGGAGGAGGCACGACGCAGACAACAGGAACAGAACAGCAGGGAGGAGGAAGCAGAGCAGCAUCAGCCUCCACCUGUUGAAGAGCAGAGACCUCCACCUGUUGAAGAGCAGAGACCUCCACCUGUUGAAGAGACCAACAGGAAGCCCCAACCACCACAGCUGCCCACUGCCAGGGCAGUGCCUCAGAUACCAAGAGAUGAACCUGAGCUAGUGGAGGAGGAAGAGGAGGAGCCAGACUGUGACCAGCCCCCGUGCCUGCCCCCACGGUCAAGUGACCUGCUGGAGGCGGAGCCACCUCAGGAGCAGACCCCAUCAGAACCAGAGCAGGAGGAUGAGGGAGAGUAUGAGGAUAUCUCACCAAUACCUUUCUUCCCAGAACCUGUUCCAGCUUUGGAUAAUGACUAUGAGGACCUGACAUGCGGUCAGACAGCAGUGGCCAUUUAUGACUACCAGGGAGAGGCAGAUGAUGAGAUCUCCUUCAACCCGGAUGAUGUCAUCACCAACAUAGAGAUGGUGGACGAAGGCUGGUGGAAGGGACACUGUCACGGACGCAUUGGACUUUUCCCUGCUACAUUCGUGAAAAUGAUGUAGUGAGCGUGCCUAUACAGUCUCCAACACAGACAUAUACCUGAGCCCAUAGGACCUGUGGGUCUUUUCACAGGGGAGACAUCAGCAUAUUGAUCCUAUCGGACAGGUAUAGUUUGAUUGUACCAUGGGAGCAUCUCAAUUGCAUACUCCUCUAUCCUCACUUUCUUAAUAACCAUUGGAGGUCAGAGGGGAGGGACCUCUGGCUUUCUCAUCCAAUGGGUUUUGAGGUGAGGAGAGAGGACGCAAGGAGUAUACAAUUCAGAUUCUCCCCAUGUGUUUUCUAGUCAAUUGAUUUAUAUCCGGUCAGUAGUCAUGAUAUAUAAUGGAUAGUCAUUGUGCUUCAUACUGCUCAGGGUGGGAUGCAGCCCUUCCCCUUAUAAACGCUGAUUGCUAAAUGUUCCAGAAUGUUCUCAUGCACUUGCAUUUCAAAGGAUUAUGUAAGUCAUUUAGCUAUGGAAUGUUUUGUUUAAAAACAAUAAUGAGUAACUACAGAGAAUUGUAUUUUG